UCCUUUGGUUUCCGGUUAUGUCGUUCAGCAUACACCAAAACUUGUAAUUACAAUUUGUUUUCCAUAUAAAAUGCCUAUUUCAAGUGAUAAAGACAUCUUUAAUCCAGAUAUAUUUUUUGUAAGUAUAUUUUUAAAACAUUAGCUUAUUUAUAAACAUAUGCGUCUUGACUAAACUAAAUACUGUAAUAAAACAGUUUUUUUUAGUAAACUUUAACUUAUUAAUACCAUAAUCAUAAUUAUAUAAUACUAAUAAUUCAAAUUCUAGUUCUAAUACUCUUAAAUACAGUGGAACCUCUCAUAACGAGCACCUCUCAUAAUGAGUAAUUCGCAUAACGAGCAAAAAAAAUGAAGAAGUUGCUCCCUUAACGGAGGUACAUUUCGCAUAACGAGUUACGCUGAAAGGGGAAGUCCCUUUUUCCGAACAUUCAUUUGUGAGCCGGGAAAUCUGCGCCGAUGCAUUAGUCUGUGUUUAGCACUCGUUCUGUUAGCGUAUUGUUUUCGUGUGUGAUCACCAGUUUUUACAAAUUUUGUAUUCAGACAGUAUUUGUAAUUUUUUUAUGUGCAAAGUGUACUAACCUGUGCUAAAAUGUCAAUGAAGAAAAAACCACAUGAAGAAAAUCAUAAGAUAGAAAAAAUAACUGUUGAAAUGAGACGUAAAAUCAUUGAAAAGCGAGAACAAGGUGUGAGCAUGACUAAUCUAGCGCCCACAUACAAUCGGUCAACAUCAACGAUCUGCAUUAUUCUCAAGAACAAAAACAAAAUUAAGGAGAUGGAUGCUUCAAAGGGAGUGUCAAAAAUGUCUACGAAACGGUUACGUAUUCUUGAUGAUGUUGAGAAGUUGCUUCUAAUAUGGAUUAAAGCAAGGAUAUAUAUGGAUACAAUUCAAGGGAAGUCAUGGAUGGUUCGAGAAUUUUAAGAGAAGAACUGUCAUCCACAGUGUUGUGAGGCACGGUGAAGCAGCAAGCCCUGGCACAAAAGAAGCAGAGAACUUCAUCAGUGACUUCAAGAAGCUCAAAGAUCUUGGGGGUUACCUGCCGCAACAAGUUUUUAAUUGGGACGAGACGGGUCUCUUCUGGAAAAAAAUGUCAAAGCGAAACUAUAUAACAGCAGAAUAGAAUGCAUUGCCAUGCCACAAGCCAAUGAAAGACCGCCUCACGCUACUAUUUCGUGCCAAUGCAAGCCCCGAUUUGAAAAUUUAACCGCUGCUUGUUUACCAUUCAGAAACUCCACAAGCCUUUAAGAAGUGUAAUUUCCAGAAGAGCAGACUAAUGUGGUGAUCCAACAAGAAGGCCUGGAUGACACAUGAGUUUUCACUGAUUGGAUCAAUGAAGUGUUUGGUCCUUCCAUAAAAAAAUAUUUGCUUGAGAUGAAUCUUCCUCUCUUGCUUGUUAUUGACAAUGCACCCGCCCAUCCUCCGGGCCUACAAGAUGAUAUUCAUGAAGAAUUUAAUUUCAUCAAUAUCCAGUUUCUGCCUCCCAACACCACUCCGUUACUCCAGCCUAUGGACCAGCAGGUUAUUUCUAACUUAAAAAAAACUCUUCACUAAAACACUCUUCGAGCGUUGUUUUGAAGUUACCGAAGAGACAAAUCUCACUCUUAGAGAGUUUUGGAAAGAUCAUUUUCACAUCGUUGUUUGCCUCAAGAUGAUUGACAAGGCUUGGGAAGGAGUUACCAAGAGGACCCUCACUUCUGCUUGGAAAAAACUUUGGCCAGAGAGUGCUGUUGAAAGUUGAUCGUGGUGUUUGAUCGGUUUAUACAAUUAUGUUUGUGAAUUACCCGCUGACUUUUAAAAAUUUUCUCAAAACCGCACUUCAACCAUGUUUGCCACAUACAAAAUAAAAACUUUUAGUCCAAUUUUACAAUGGUUUUUACCAUUAUAAUCAACUUCCAAAUCUAUACAAAUCAGAAUUAGACUAGUUGGAAAGAUUUGACUGAAACUGUCGGGGAGGGUCACAUUGUAGAUAUGAGAAUGGGGAAAACGCACAGCUCACAUUAACACUAAACUUUGCUGUCAUGCAACACAAAAACUACUCUUAUUAGACUAAAUUACAUUUUAAAGAUCAUAAGUAGAACUAGCCAUGUGCCUUUAUAAUCACUAGACAUCCUGGAAAAUAAAGUAAAAUAACCUAGGCUAAUUAAAUUGUGAUGCUAGCUUUUUGUAAACCUUCUAACUAAGUUUUGAAAUAAAUGGGCAAAGAAUGGUGUACCCUGACAAUAAUUUAGGUUUUCUAAAUUUUGAUAUUUUUUCUAUACUUUGUCAAGGAACCAAAAUAUUUUGAUCAGUUUUUAAGAGGCACCACAGCUAGGCUACCAACCAGUUAACAAUUGAGAAACAUUUGUCAAAUUUUUUAUGUGAACGACAAAACUUAUUAGUUACACAGAUAUUCAUAAAUUAAUUUACUAAAUUACUACCUUUAUUUCCUUGUCAGGAGGAAGAUGAUCUACCUUAUGAAGAAGACAUACUGCGCAAUCCUUACAAUUUAAAGUGCUGGCUGCGAUAUAUAGAUCACAAGAAAGAUGCCAAAAAGGAGGUUCUUAACACUGUAUAUGAGAGGGCAUUAAAACAGCUGCCAGGAAGGUAUCCACAUUUGUAAAAUUCUUUAUUUUAAAAAUUAAAUUUAUACAUUUUUUAUUUGGCUGUACUAGUAAUUAAUGCUGCUUAUAGCUAUUAACUUGUAUUUAUAAUGAAUUGUUGGGAUCAUAUUGUUUUAUCCUAAAUUUUGUAAAGUCAUGAUUCAGAAGUUCAAUUAAAUUAUCUCUGUCACUAGCUGUUUUGUAUGAUCUUGUGAGACUUACAAAUAUGUGCUAUAAUGCUAAAAAACAAUUUAAAAAUUAAAUUUAUACAUUUUUUAUUUGGCUGUACUAGUAAUUAAUGCUGCUUAUAGCUAUUAACUUGUAUUUAUAAUGAAUUGUUGGCAUCAUAUUGAUUUAUCCUAAAUUUUGUAAAGUCAUGAUUCAGAAGUUCAAUUAAAUUAUCUCUGUCACUAGCUGUUUUGUAUGAUCUUGUGAGACUUACAAAUAUGUGCUAAAAUGCUAUAUUAAAAUAAUGAGGUUAUAUUUACUCCACUAAAAAAAUGUUAUUUUCUCCUGGUUCUGGUAUAAAAAAUAGUAAAUAAAUGUUAAAUAAUCCACAGCUACAAGUUAUGGUACAACUAUCUCAAACUUCUUCGUGCACAAGUUCGAGGGAAAAUUGUGACAGAUCCUUCAUUUGAAGAAGUGAACAGUGCUUUUGAGCGUUCUCUUGUUUUCAUGCAUAAGGUUUGUAGCUGUGUUUAGUAUAAUGAAUCAUUAAAAUAAUUAAAUUCAAAUUUCAUCAUAUUUCUGUUCUGCUCCAUUUAUUAUCAAUUUAUUUUACUUUAAUGAAUGUUUUUAUUUCCAUUAUAAUAGAAUGAUAUAUAUAUUUUUUUAAAUUUAAUUUCAGAUGCCCAGGAUAUGGCUAGAUUAUCUUCAUUUUUUAAUUGACCAGGGAAAAAUCACCCGCACAAGACGAUGCUUUGACAGAGCUCUAAGAGCCCUGCCCAUUACCCAGCAUGGCAGAAUCUGGCCUCUCUAUCUCAAAUUUAUGCGUUCACAUGAUCUGCCUGAAACUUCUGUUAGAGUAUACAGACGGUACCUAAAGGUAAGACUCUUAGUAAUUAUCAUAGAGGUUCUUAUAAAUUUGUAAGCUGCAACUUGCUUAUCAAUGCUUCUAUUGCUACUUUAUAUGUGCCUUAAAUUUUCAGUUACAUUUAUUUUUAAAUGGUCAUCAUUAGAGUUGUUAGAACAACAAUUUUGGGGCCCUGUGUUGUGUUUCUCAUUUAAGUCCUCCACCCAUUAUUUUAGACAUGGUAUCAAUUAUAAUUUUAUUUGUUAAUUUUUUAAUUUUGUUCUUUAGCUCCAGAAGGAAGGUUCUGAAGAGUAUAUAGGAUUUUUAGUUUCCAUUGGUUGGCUUGAUGAAGCCGCACAAAGAUUGGCUGAUAUUAUCAAUGAUGAAACUUUUGUGUCUGUUGAAGGAAAGUCAAAACAUCAGGUACUUCUUUUAAGCGGCUCACCAUUCUUUUGCUUCAUUGUGUCAUUUAAAAAAAUUUUAUCUUAUUUGCCUUGGUCUUAUACAAUUUUCAUCCACACAAAAACAUGUUUGUCAAGUGUUAGCCUUACCAACAAUAUAUUCUAAUUGUUCUCAAUUGAUGUUAUUUAAAUGGAACUGGUGAGAUCUAUUUAGAUUUAUUCCUUAAGUUUACUUUUAAUGCAAUAAUAAAAAAUGUAUUUGGGCUGCUGGUAUUUUUUUGAUACCUAAAUAAAAAUUCAAGAAGAUGACUAUUUUUUUCCUGUUUCAGUUGUGGAAUCAAUUAUGUGAACUGACUGCUAAAAACCCAGAGAAGGUUACUUCUCUUAAAGUGGAGCCCAUUAUUCGUCAGGGUCUUAAACGGUACACUGAUCAGAUUGGUGUCUUAUGGAACUCUCUAGCUGACUACUACAUUCGAGGAGGUCAUUUUGAACGGGUGUGGCUUUUUUAAUUGAUUUAUUGUAUUAUUAAUCAGUGCACUGUUCUUGAAAUUUUAUAUUCUCAUAAAGGCUAUAAAUACCAAUUAGACAUGGUUUGGGUCACCUCAUUUUCUAGGUGUGUGGAUUUUGUUUAAAUAUUCUUCUAUUGGACAUCCCCAUUCAUCCGCAGGCCAGGGAUAUAUAUGAGGAGGCCAUACAAACAGUGAUUACUGUUAGAGACUUCACACAAGUUUUUGAUGCAUGUGCACAGUUUGAGAAGAGUAUGAUUGCAGCUAAAAUGGAGACAAUGGAGGAAGAAGGGGCUAAUGAGGAAGGUAAAGGAGAAAAAAAAGUUAUUUUUUUUAUUAAAGUAAUGUUGCAGAUUUUAUCGAGGAAAGAAUCAAUAUCUAACACUAAAUUUUACUGAGCCAGCAUGAAUUUUUUUUUAUUAAAAAAAAUUUCAAGUCAGGCUAAUAUUUAUUUUAAUUUUUUUUUUUAGGGCUGGUGUGAAAAAAUAUUUUUUUAAAUAUCUUAGUUGAGAAUAUUUUUUUAUAAAUAUUUAUUUAAAGCGGAAUUUCCCAGACAUUAAAGUUGAUGAGUUACAACAUGUGAUAUUUUUAUGUUGAAGAUGACCUUGAUUUUUGAAGGUUUUUUUAAAAACGACAAACAUAUAUAUAACUCUCCUGUCAGUUUCUUAAGUAAUAUUGUGUAGACUGGCAACAUAAGGCUUAUGGACGAAUGGUGGUCCGCAGAUCACAAUUUGGGGAAUGCUGAUUUAAGGUAUAUAAAGUAGCAAAGGUUGUUCUUGUUUUUAAAAACACUUCCAGCCACAAGAUGAAAGAAUAAACCCAAUUCUUCCUAUACUUGAUAUAUAUUGUCACUCAACAGAUGAUUUAGAACUUGAAGUUCGUCUUGCAAGGUUGGAAAGUUUAAUGGACAGACGGCCUCUACUUUUAAACAGGUGAAUCCCACACAAAAAAUGUUUUUUCAACAGUAACAAAUGUUAUAUUAGGAUAUGUUGAGUAACAAAUGUUAUAUAAGGAUAUGUUGAGUAAUUGCUAUACUAUAACUGUUUCUUAAGUGUGAAAGGAAAAACUAUUUUAAGAGUAUUUAUUGUAAAAGCUCUUGAGGUCAUUUAACCUUGAUCAAGAUUUCAUUGUCAAUGAUUGGGUUUUGCACUUAUAUCGUGACUGCUCCGGAAAUAUGGGAAGAGUACGCAUAAAUGAAAUGUUUUUUCAGCUAAUGUUUUUUAAAGACUAAACUGAAAUUUUAAAUUAUUUCUUUUUUUUCUGUAAUUAUGAUGACUCUUAUAAUUAAAAGUACUUAGAGGCAUAUUAACUUAUAUCUUGGUCAGGGAAUUUUGUAACUUAUAAUGAUUGUUGAUAUAAUCCAGUGUCCUAUUAAGACAAAACCCUCACAAUGUCCAUGAAUGGCACAAGAGAGUCACAUUAUUUGAGGGGAAACCAAGAGAGGUAAAGAUUUAAGUUCAAAUCGUUAGUAAUUUUAAUAAUUGCAUUUAUCAUUCUAAAAUAUCCUUAUUAUAUAUACAUGAUUAUAACUUUCAGUUUCUCUAUAUCUGAUAUAAAUUUUUUUUCUUUAUUUUUCAUGCAUUGUAGAUUUUUUUAUCAAUAAGAUCAAUUACAUAUCACAUAUUUAUUUUUACAUGGGGUGGGGGGUGUAUAAAUUAAAGAGCUUUUAAAGACUCUCUAAUUUAAGAACUGUAUGUAUCAGUGAAGUUUUUUCUCUAACCAGAUAAUCAACACUUACACAGAGGCUGUGCAGACAGUAGAUCCCAAGUUAGCUUCAGGAAGACCUCAUACUUUAUGGGUGGAAUUUGCAAAAUUUUAUGAAAAAAAUGAUCAGAUUGAAGAUGUGAGUAAUUUAUAUUAUUAUUAUAUCAAUUACAUGAAAUGAAUUAACAUUGAAAUGCAUUUUUUGGGAUUGUGGGUGGUUGAAAAAUGCAAAGUAAGCAUAUUUUGGCAGCAAUAUGGGAAGAGUUUAUAUAAACUAAGUAAUAUUGUCUUUAAUUGAGAAAUAAUAGAAAUCUAGAGAGCAAAAAAAAGUAUCAAGGAUUUCAUGAUGAAUUGACAAUUACAUUUUAGUUAUAUAAAUUAUAAAGUAUCAGCCCACCAUUUAUUUUGACAAAUAAAUUCUAAAUGUAAAGAUAAUGUGACAAGUUCUUAAAGCAUCUCAAAUAAUCAAUUAUAAUUUAUUCAUUGUUUUGUUAGAUCAUAAUUUUAAAAUUAAUUACCAGGCUCGAAUAGUGUUUGAAAAAGCCACACAAGUUCCUUACAAACAUGUAGAUGAUUUGGCCUGUGUCUGGUGUGAAUGGGCUGAGAUGGAACUCAGGCAUGAGUAAGUAUAUAACUCGUCAGUUCCUUCUAUUGUCGUUCAUGUUCUCUGUUUUUGUUUUUUUUUCUUCAAAAUUCCAGAUAUUGAGCCAAAAGGUAAAUGCUCUAAAAAUGCUUAUCAAACUCUCCCCCCCCCCCGUUCUCAAAUGUUAAACGGUUUUCUUGUGUUACAUUGUUUAACUUGAUACUACUUUUUUUUUUUUUUUAAAUUUAUUUUACAGUAACAGCGAGGAAGCCCUUAAACUAAUGCAGAGAGCUACAACUCCCAUGAAAAGACAAGUGGCCUAUCAUGAUGAGGUGAAAGGGGAAUUUAAAUCAUUAUAGUAGCGACUCGUGUACCAGGAGUAGGCAAACCAUGGCCGUUGGUCAAAUUUUGAACACCGCCUCAUUAAUAGUAAACAUAUGAAUAUGUUUAUAAUGGCAACAAUAAAGUUAAAUCCAUGUAUCAAUAAAUAAAAGUAAACCCAUCAUGUGGUAUACCGCUGUUUCAAUUAUGGUAGUUCACCACAAAAUAUAGAAUUUUUAACAUUUAUAUUUUUAUAUAUUUUAUAAAAUCUUCACUACUACUCAAGGAAGAGGUAAGGUUUUUACUUGAUGAAGUUAAAUUGAUCAGUGGAAUAUUAAUUUUAGAGUUUAUGUUUUUUUAAAAUGCUGUUGCAGACGGAAACAGUACAGGCCCGUGUACACAAGUCACUUAAAGUUUGGUCUCUUUAUGCUGAUUUGGAAGAGAGUUUUGGAACUUUUAAGGUACAAAUCUAUAUCUGUCUUAUUAUGAUAUGUAUGUUUCAUACGUAUUAUCCAUUUCAUAAUUUCUCUAUAAUAAUGUGCAAAUAUUUUUUGCCUGACCAUCAAAGAUGUUAUCAGUUUUACUCCAGUGCAAUGUAUAUUUACAAUAUUUCCAUUUUUGCUAAUAAUCAUUGAAAAAAACAGCCUUCAAUUUGAAUUUAAGGAAUCCACUGCUACUCCAACUUAUAUUUUCUUUUCGUUCAAGUCUUGUAAGGCUGUCUACGACAAGAUCAUAGACCUUCGGAUUGCCACACCUCAGAUUAUUAUUAAUUAUGCCAUGUUUCUGGAAGAGAAUAACUAUUUUGAGGAAGCUUUUAAGGUAUUUAUUUUACUGUUUUUCUCUGAGUUACUUUAAAUUAAAAUGUAUUAGGAAGAUUUUGGGCUUUCACAAUUUAAAAAAAAAAAUGUCUUGGCAUACUUUGUGUUAGAAUAUAUAUAUAUAUAUAUAAGACAUAGAAUAUAUAUAUAUAUUAUAUAAGACAUUUGGUUUACAAUCUGACUUUGGUACUCACAUUUUGGUAUUUGUUUACAGGCCUAUGAAAAAGGAAUUGCUCUUUUCAAGUGGCCCAAUGUUUACGACUUGUGGAAUACAUACCUGACCAAAUUUAUCACUAGAUAUGUGAGUAUAGAUUUAAAUGCUAUUAUUAUAAUACAGUUUUUAUUUAUUUUUUUUUAAGAUAACAGAAUAAGCAUUAGUUGCAUUAUUUAGUUUAUUAAAUAAUUUGUACUUUUUUAAAGAGUAGUGUUUUUGUACAGACAUAGUUUAUUUUCCACUUCACUUCUAACUUUAAAUAAAAAACAUUAAUUACUUUUUAUUUCAUGCUUUACUUGAAAGCAUAACACUUUUGGAAUGUCAAAUUUAAGGGGUAUUUUUAUUCGAUCCUUUAAUUUUUAGGAAGGAUCAAAACUAGAAAGAGCAAGAGAUUUGUUUGAACAAUGUUUAGAAAAAUGCCCUGAAAAAUUUGCCAAAGGUAAGGAAUCUCCAGUAAUUAUUAUUAUAGGUGUUUUCAUGGACCUUUCGACCAUUGUUUCAUAAUGGCUUUGUUUUAUUUUCGCAUUUUUCAACCAAGGAAUGAGGCAAUAAUAAAACCAUUCCAACAAAAUAUUAAUUUUUGGUCAGCAUGUCAUUAUUUUGUGGAGAUGUAUUUCAUUGUGCAUCAGGUGAGGGUAAAUGGACAGUUCUCAUUGUACUAAGUAUUUUGCUUCUCCAGAAAUUUAUCUGUUAUAUGCUAAACUUGAAAUGGAGCAUGGUAUGGCACGUCAUGCAAUGGCAGUGUAUGAUAGGGCGACAAGAGCUGUCUUACCUGAGGAACAGUAUGAGGUAUUAUAAUAUGCCAUGUAAUUUUGUGUAAUUGUUUAUAUGAGGUAAAUCUGUGCAUUUAUUAUGUGGAUACAUAUAUACAUGCAAACUUGUUUUGAAAGAUAUGAACCUUAUAGACAAUAGAAGUUGAAAUAAGCAGGUAAACUCAAUAUUUCUUAAAUGGACCUCAACUUUUCUGCUUUUUCUAUUCCCAAAAAACAGAUGUUUAAUAUAUACAUAAAGAAAGCGGCUGAGGUUUAUGGUGUGACCCACACACGCACAAUUUAUGAAAAAGCCAUUGAAGUUCUACCCAAUGACCAGGCAAGGUAUGGGAAUGCAUUUAUUCUUAUAACAGAAGAAUGUUUUGGAUAACAAUAUAAUGCAAACUGAAAUCAAUUCUCCUAUCAGUAAAAUAAUUCAUUUAAUUUCUUUGUUUAAUAUAGCCAUUAAAUUGGAAUUAGUUUGGAUUGUUAUAGUUUUAGUUUGAUUUACAAAAUACAUUUUUGCAGCGCCUUUUGGAUAUAGCUAACUUAAAAUUAAUUGUACUUCAUCCCUUGUAGAGAGAUGUGCUUGCGCUUUGCUGAUCUGGAAAAGAAGCUUGGAGAGAUUGACAGAGCCAGAGCGAUCUAUGGUCAUGGAUCCCAGAUUAGUGACCCCAGGGUAAACUAUGGUUUUAUUUUAAUGAGGUUUUGAUGUUUUUACAGCAAUGUGCUGGUAUAUUAGGUUUGUAAACUAUCACUAGCUAAUAUCUUUUUUGGGGAUUCUUAAAAAUUUUUUAGGGCUAUAUUAUAAUAUUUGCAUAUUUAAGGUGAUAAGAAAAUACUAGUAUUAUUAUGAAACCCUUCCUCCAUCACCAAACACCAAACUCUAUUGCAGUCCACUAAGGCAGUUCUUGAUUUAAUUAGUUAGCUUUCUACUACACAUGAAUGAUUGUAAUAACCUUUUAGCAACUGAAUAACAAGAAUAAUUAAUUUAUUUGUUACUCCUUAUUACAUCAGGUUGCGCCACAGUUCUGGGAGUCAUGGAAAGAGUUUGAGAUUAACCAUGGCAAUGAGGACACAGUCCGUGAGAUGUUGAGAAUCAAGAGGAGUGUGCAGGCCACAUACAACACACAGGUUGGUCUCAGUUUGUUUAAAUUGAAAUGUCGGUCAUUAAUUAAAGUAGUGAAUGUAAUUGUCCAUAGUAGUGUCAUCCAACAUUGGUAAAUGUUUAAUAUGUUUUUCCAAUGAGUUACAUGUUAUCAUAACCAGGUUUCACCAAACUUAUAUUGUGUGUCAAAACAUGUUAUCCUGUUUAGAAUUAUUUUAUUAGAAUUUAAGAUUUUUGCAGGGUUCUCACGGUCUUUGAAGGUUUGGGAGAAAUAAAAUAAAAUUUCCAGGGCCCGAAAAGUUUGGAAAAAUUGGCAAAAAAUGUCACGAUCUUUGAAAGUUUGGGAAAAAUGAUUUUAAAAAAUUCAAUAGGGAAAAAACCCCGCAAAAAAAAAAUCUAAGAAAAAACAUGUUUCCAAUUUGAAUGACAUGCGCAAUGCGCAUUUCUUAUUGAUCCGUAACCCUGCAAGAAAGAAAUUAGUUCAUUGUUCGGUAGAUUUGUUUAAGCCAAUCAAAUUACUUUUAACCUUUAAGCUAUCAGUACUAUCAGUCUGAAAAACGAGAAACGAGAAUUGAUUGCAUAAUUUUCUCGGUCUUGAAAACCGGCAAAAUGGGUCAUCUAGUAAAAUUUUCCGGAUAGUCUGGAAUUUUUUUAUUUUGUAAAUAAUAAUAAAUUUGGCUUUGAAUACCUUGAAAAUGGACGUUAAUCGCCAAUCUCGUCUAUUUUAAUUUUAACCUUUCUGUUAUCAAAAAAGCACUUUGCCUAAUACUAGAGUGGUUUCCCUUAACUGCGCAUGCUCUACAAGUUUCUAAUACCGUACAACUUCGAUUGACCAGAAAUAUUUAAUUUCUGUUCAAUUCUGUGAAUUCUGGACCUUGAAUUCUGUUUUUGGGAUCAGAUUUUAGGUGGGGAAAAGUGCAUACAGCCUGAAUACAUAGCGACUUAUAGUCUAAUUACAUGAAGUUUAAAGGGAUUUCAUAAUGGUGUUUUGGGACGAAAUAAGUGAAGCUGUCUAAUAAUAUGAUUUCUUAUUUUUAUUAAGUACCAAAUUAACAUUUAAGUUUAAUAUACAAUGUUAUAUUACAUGUUUUUUUGUUGUUAGUUUUGUGUUAGAAAGUCUAUAAAUUUACCAGUGUGCUCCCCCCCCCCCCGCACCCACUGUUUGCCUAAUCUAAAUGUUCCCUUAUUGUCAAAUUAUUAUUUUUUGGUUUUUAAUUGUUGAUUUUUUUUCUAGUGAAAUAGAAAAAUUUUUUAUUUUUUUUUUUUUUUUAUUUUAUGUUUUUUUGUUGUUAGUUUUGUGUUAGAAAGUCUAUAAAUUUACCAGUGUGCUCCCCCCCCCCGCACCCACUGGUUGCCUAAUCUAAAUGAUCACUUAUUGUCAAAUUAUUAUUUUUUGGUAUAUAAUUGCUGAUUUUUAUGCUAGAGAAAUAGAAAAAUGUCUUAUGUUUUUGUUAUUUUUAAUUAUAAAAUGUUGUCUUGGUUAACUAUGUAUUUCUUUUUGUGCAGAUAAUGAAUAUGUACAAUUUAAUAAAAAAACAUUUCAAUUUAUUUGGAUCAAUUAAAGAAUCUUGUCUUAUGUUGCAUUAUAUUUCUGUCAGAGCCUUAACAUGGGCCCUGCAUCCCCUGCGACUGCAGGGGGCCUCAGAUAUAUUAGGGGCCCAGAGUUGAGAUUACUUUUUACAUGGGGAAAAAAUCGUCCAUUUUUGUUUAUUUCCCCAGGUUAACUUUAUGUCUGCCCAAAUGCUAGCAGCACAGAGUAAGAAACAGGAAAAUGUAAAUCUAGGUAAUGAAUUUUGCCAUUUGAUUUGCAAAAUGAAUUGUAGAAGUUAUUAUUUUUUAUUAAUGCAUGCCAUCUACUAAAAAGGCAAAUCAAAUGUUGCAUUAUUGCUUAAAUGCUUUAAGUAAUUCUAUUCUCAGGCAUUACACAGCACUUUUAUGUUGCCCAGUCACUUAAAUGAAAUUAUUUAUUUUUUAAAAAUAAAAUAUUAUGUUCAAAUAUCUUUUUAUAAUAAUCCUGUUACUGUAUGUUUGGUUUAAUUUUUGAAUCUAAUAUCAUGUUAAAAAAUGUGCCUACACAGAGGGGGGUGAUGAAAUGCAGCAACUUGAAGCAAGAGCCAGACUAUUGGCCCAGGAAGCACUGCAAGAAAAAGCUCAAGCUGAGAAAAAACUGCUCUUUGUCAGGUUAGACUUUUGUAUUUCUCUGCCAAACCAUUUGUUUCAGUUUUGUACAUGCUAUAUUUCAGAAACUAUAUGCAAGGAAGUUCUAUGAAAUUAAACUUUUCUUUCUGUUUUUUUUUUGUGUGUCUGUUAUUUCAUUGAGAUAACUACCUGGCUUGGCCAUUCAUUUUCACAUAUCUGUUUUUGUGUAUUUUUAAAAUUGAUUUAUAUUAUUUAUUAACUAUCUCUUUUAAUUAAGGGCCCAUCCAUAUGUAAAUAUGUAAGAAAUGUAAAAAAAAUUUUAUCGCCAACAAAAUCAAUUUAGCUUUAGACAAUUAUGGCAUCAUAGUAAAAAAGGUGUCACAGGUUUUCACUGCUAUCUGUUUUGUGAGCACAGUGGUUCCUAAGACUAAUACUCUGCUUUGCCCUGGGGGCCAUAUUAUCAUAGGGCAGUGCCAUAGGAAGGGGGCACUCAGCCUGGGGGAAGGACUGUAAUAGGGAAUUGAACUAUCUAUAAAGUCUCUUCUACUUUACAAAGGCAAGGGGGUAAAAUUUGUCUUUUUACCCACACUUUUUCUGCUUACUGAUGGACGCCAUUUUCAGAAUUUGCCCUGGGCACCUGUUGCCCUCAACCAGGGCCUACGUUGCAGCGGCUUCCUCACAAGGGCACCACAAUAUAUUACAUAUGAUAAUAAUAGCUUACUGAGAACACAUAAUUAUUUGCUUUUAGUUGAUAUUUACCAAUAUUAGUUUAUGGAUAGAUCAAAGAAUUGUCUGAGGCAAGACCGCAACGAUCAUUGCAAAUAGUAAAAAUUUAAGUACCUUUGAACCCAACAGGAUGUAUGGGUAAUAUAGCCGUUGUAGUUUUUGCUGUGAUAAUUAAUAACAAUAAACAAAACUAUUAAAACUAGAUUAGAUAAAUUUAAAACAUUACUCCGACUAAACUUAAAUCAGCCAUAAUUACGGCAUAUAAAACAUUUAAAUGAAAGAAUUUUAAAUUUGAAGUGGCCCGUGUUGGAUUGGUAAACAUGGUAUUACUUAACACUUACCUAAUUGUUUUUACAACAAGGAAUGAAAAUCAUGAAACGUGAAUAUCAACUGCAAUAAUCGUCCUUCAAUAUUUCACAUUGUACCAUUCAUUCAUGUUUAAAAAAAUUUACCAUAUUUUCUCACAAAUAAGAAAUUAUAAGACGCACCCAUGUAUAAGACUCGGGUUGUGACGAUUUGUGUAAAAAAUUAUUUUACAUAAGAGGCACCCAUAUAUAAGACGCACCCUGGGUGCAGGGUAUGAAAAACUUUGCAUAAGACACCUCUUAUUUAAUGUGAAAAUACAGUGUAAAUAUAUUUUAUUUAUGGGCUUUCAGAGUUUCAGAAAAAUUAUUGCAGAUUUUUUUAAUAAAUGUCAGUUGGGACUUCCCUUCAAAUAUGCAAAUGUCCGUAUAAUCUCUAAAAUCGACCCCCCUCCCCCUCUGUGUGUUGAUACCAUAUGCAUGGCCUCUAAAUAUUAAAUAGAUAAAUAGAUAUAUUUUUCCACAUAAAUAUAGGUAAUAUAUGUUUAUAGCCAUAUUUUGUAUAUACAUUUAUACAGAUGUAAAUAAAGUUUAAAAUCCAUAGAUUUAACAAGAAAAUUGCUUCCAUGUUAAAGAUAUGUUUGCAGUCAUUUAAAAAUAUAGUUUUAACUAUUUAUAAAUAACAAUAUGUUUUAUCUGGGCACUUUCAGAAGCAGUACCACACAAGAAGAGCUUGGUGAGUUCACCAAAACCAACAACCCUGAAGAAAUCAACAUUGACGAUGAUGAAGAUGGGACUGAUGAAGAGGAAGAAGUGGAAGGUUUGUCUUAUUACUUUCAAACCUAUAAUAAUGACAGGGCCCAGUGUUCAAAUGCCUGAUAGCUAUAUUUUUAUUAAGAUAGACCACUCUGUUACUGUCAAGCUUUGAGAAUCACUGUGUCAUGGGUGAAUUAAGGGUCGUGACUUGUGAGUCUGAGUUGUGUUCUGAAGUCUAAAUGAGAUGUGUUGAUGGUAAAUACCAAUGAGUAAAGGGGUAAUAAGGGGAGAGACUGCAAUCAGGUUAGUACAAAAUAAAAUGAGUAAAACAGAGUAUGGUUAAACCUGAAAAAUUAAACGUAACAAAACAGCGAACGUGUCGGCAGAAAGCCUUCGUCAGCGAACAAAACAACAGAAAAAAACGUUAUAAAAAUAAGAAAUAGCACUUAGCUGGUAAGUAGUAUCUGUGGGCAGCAAUAGAAGUGUGGCAGAAGGAAAAUGAGUGAGAGUUUAAAUAAGCAGCGGCGAAAAAAAGAGGGGAGAAAAAAGUUCACUGUGAUAGGUCAGAACGUGGAGGGGCGGAGCUAGGGUCAAGCUGUGAACAGAGACAUAACAUUAAUCCCAUCUGGCGUCAAAGUGCCGUAAGUCAGGAUAAGUCUGUGUUCCAAAUUGACCCGGCUGGUGGUGUUAGUGCUAGCCACAAUCGCACUUAUGGAAAAGUCCGCCUUGCCCCAAGGGCAGUUUUCAGAUACGCGACGGUUUCCUCUGUACAAGCCGCAACGUUAUCUACGCCAUUGUCUGCACCCGCUGUCAGAUGACCUACAUAGGGGAGACUGGACGCCGUCUCUCGGACAGGUGUACCGAACACCUCCGAAACAUUACACAAGAUAAACAGUGUCCCGUCUCCAAACACUUCAAUAGUAGCGACCACCGGGGCAAGGCGGACUUUUCCAUAAGUGCGAUUGUGGCUAGCACUAACACCACCAGCCGGGUCAAUUUGGAACACAGACUUAUCCUGACUUACGGCACUUUGACGCCAGAUGGGAUUAAUGUUAUGUCUCUGUUCACAGCUUGACCCUAGCUCCGCCCCUCCACGUUCUGACCUAUCACAGUGAACUUUUUUCUCCCCUCUUUUUUUCGCCGCUGCUUAUUUAAACUCUCACUCAUUUUCCUUCUGCCACACUUCUAUUGCUGCCCACAGAUACUACUUACCAGCUAAGUGCUAUUUCUUAUUUUUAUAACGUUUUUUUCUGUUGUUUUGUUCGCUGACGAAGGCUUUCUGCCGACACGUUCGCUGUUUUGUUACGUUUAAUUUUUCAGGUUUAACCAUACUCUGUUUUACUCAUUUUAUAUUACCAAUGAGUAAGUCAGGAUGUUAAAUUGUGGCAUCAGAAGAGUAUUUGACAGUGUAUUUUGAGAAUUUUCCAGAGUUGUUUUAAUUGGCAGCCUAUGUUGCUUGGUUGAUUAGAUUAGGUAUUCGGUCGACCUAACCCACGGUCUAGGAGUUUGAUGUGAUUUUAUGUUAGUCCCUGUGAGUGGUCGGUCAAAUAGAACCGUUCACUCUUGUCAUGCAAUGUACGAUUUUCAGGUGUAUACAUUUUAUAUACUGUAUGUUUAUUUAUUUCUUGCUAUUAAGAUAAUUUAUUGAACCAUUUUGUGAUGAUAUUGUAGGAUUUUAAGAGUUUGAGGUUUAACAGGUAUGGUCAAAGUGUCAGAUGCUAUGGUGUUUGUACAUGAUCUGCCACAAAUUAAUCAUAGGUAACAAAACCUGGUUACCAAUGUCUAAAGACAAUCUUAGCCUUAAGCAUUGCUUAGAUCAUUGUGGUCGACCGCUCAGAGGAAACCUUCACGGGAAGGUGCCAGUGAAGAUACCCUAUCUUGCAUCGACUUAUCGGGUUAAUGCUAGCUCCCGUGAUUGUGAAAUGGGGGGUGGCCAUAGGAGGCUAAGGUUAGGGUCACCUUGGUGACAUCCACCCCAACUCCAAGGAAUCUGCCAUCGGCAUCUUGACAGCAGCCUUGUGUCCUACAGGAUGGAGGCUGUGUGGGCAGGGAGGGGAGACUGGGAAUCUGGUAAAGGUGUUGGUGCCUGUGGUAGUUCUUAUUAAGGUUUUUAAAACUUAAAUUGAUCUUCAACUAAAUUACACUUACGCUUAUCCGUUAUUUUAUUUCUCUAGAAAUGGAAGUUCAGCAACAGUCUGUACCCUCACAAGUGUUUGGUGGACUUGCUGCUCAAUGGGGAAAAAUUGAUGCUGAUGAUGAUUAAUUUUUUUUUAAUUGAACAUUUACAUUAACUUUUGCUAAUUUGUUUUGUUUUUUUAAAUAUUUCACCAUGAUUUCAAAAAAAUCAUUUUUUGAAAUGACUUACUAAAUGUGUUACUACAUUAAAGUUUUUGUCAUAAUUUAAACAUUUAUUAUUAAAGUUACUCUCAUUUUUGUUUUUAUUUGCUUCAUUAUUAGAGUUCAAUUGGUAAAAUAAUGUUUAAAUUACUUUAAAGUUCAUGUACUGUGUUGUGUCAUUUUCUAUUGUAAGUUUCUUAGUGUUACAAAUAGAAUGUUGUUACGAACUUUGUUAGGCUUGAUAAAGUUGGAGUAUGAUGAAUAGAAAA